CUUGACGGUUUUUCAAAAGAAGACGGUGUCAUUACUAUUACAGGUUACAAGUAAACCCAUCAGUGGCUUGGCGUUCGAAAAAAGCAUGUACAAUGGUCAAACCAAAAUUUGAUUCUUCUGGUUUAGCUAUUAAAACAGGUGGUAUCCGUUUUCAGAAGACAAAGGGUCAGCAUAUACUGAAAAAUCCCCUCGUUAUUACCACAAUGGUGGAAAAGUCUGGUAUCAAGUCCACAGACUCUUUGCUUGAAAUUGGUUCUGGAACUGGUAACCUCACUGUCAAGUUGUUAGAAAAGGGAAGGAAAGUGUACGCAUUCGAAAUAGACCCAAGAAUGGUUUCAGAAUUGCAAAAACGUGUGCAAACCUCACCACAUCGAACCAAACUAGAAAUUCUCGUUGGCGAUGCAAUCAAAGCAAAAUCAUGGCCCAAGUUCGAUCUCUGUAUAGCGAACCUGCCGUAUAAAAUCUCCUCGCCAUUCAUCCAAAGACUGAUUAGCGCAGGUCGCGGUUUUAGAGCAGCAGUUGUUAUGCUUCAGAAAGAAUUCGCUGAUCGUCUUACGGCUAAACCUGGAGAUAAAUUAUACUGUCGUCUGUCAGCAUCUGCUCAGUUCCACUUCAAAAUUGAACAGUUGAUGAAGAUCAAUAGAAACAGUUUUCGUCCCCCACCGCGUGUUGAUUCAGCUGUUGUUCGGAUUGAACCCAGGCAUCCAUUACCACCUGUGAUGCAUUCAGAAUGGGAUGGAUUACUGCGUCUUGUAUUUGCUCGCAAAAACAAAACGAUCGGAGCUAACUUUAGCGGCAAGUCAAUAGCUUCACAUUUACGUAAGAUUUACAUGGAGACUUGUUGCACAAACGGAUUGUCACCAACUCCAGAGGUUAUUGCCUGUGAGUCUACUGGUGUUUCAGCAAUGGAGGAGAAAAUAACAAAUAUACUUCGAGAUUCAGGUUUCGAAAAAAAGCGCGCCCGUACUUUGGACGAAGAUGACUUUCUUAGAUUAUUACUAGCCUUUAAAAAACAAAAUAUAAAUUUUGGUUGAUUUUUCUGUAA